AUGCCUAUUGAGAUAGAGGAGCCCGCUUUUGAUAGUAAUGCUCAAGUUGCCAAGGACUUGUUUGCGGGGACUAUGGGAGGGAUAGCACAAGUUCUCGUUGGUCAACCAUUUGAUUGUGUCAAGGUUAGGUUGCAAUCUGCACCAGAGGGAGCGUAUAGUGGAGCUUUGGAUGUGAUAAAGCAAUUGAUUAAAAAUGAAGGAUUUGCGGGGUUCUAUAAGGGGACGUUGACCCCCUUGGUUGGUGUGGGUGCAUGUGUUUCAGUGCAGUUUUCAGUAAAUGAGUUCAUGAAACGUUAUUAUGAUCAAAAACUCAACGGAAAACCUCUUAGUUUAUUGCAAUUUUUCAACUGCGGUGCUGUUGCUGGUUUUGCAAAUGGGUUCUUGACGUCUCCAAUUGAGCAUAUUCGUAUAAGACUUCAAACUCAAACUGCUGGUAACAAAAUAUUCCAUGGGCCAAUUGAUUGUUUCAAGAAAAUUUAUCAAAUUGACGGAUUGAGGGGUAUUUAUAAAGGUUUGGGCCCAACAUUGGCUAGAGAGUCGGUUGGAUUGGGUAUCUAUUUCGCCACAUAUGAGGCCUUAGUUGCGGAGGAUUUAAAGAUACAUCCUGGCUUGACCCGCGCAGAUAUCAAACCAUGGAAAUUAUGUUUAUAUGGAGGUUUGAGUGGGUAUACUUUAUGGAUGUCAAUAUAUCCUGUUGAUGUGAUCAAAUCGAAAUUACAGACUGAUGCUUUGAAAGGGGCUAAAUAUAAGAACUCAUUGUCUGUGAUUAGAGACAUUUUCCACAAACAAGGAAUAAGAGGAUUUUACAAAGGUUUCUUACCAACGAUACUAAGGGCAGCUCCAGCUAAUGGUGCCACAUUUGCUGUCUUUGAGAUAACGAUGAGACUUCUCGGCGGUUCACCACAAUAG